AUGCUUUCCGGAUGGAUAUUUUCAAUGAUCUUACUCAUUUUUCAGAUUAAAGAAAAGGUAGUCCCUGGAAUACAGGGUCAAGAAGUGGUUCGUCCUAAAAGGCUUCCGCGGAUACAGAAGCGAGAUGUCGGACACAUGCAUACUGAUGAGCUACCGGAAACAUAUGAAGAAGAACUCUUGUAUGAAAUAAGACUAAAUAAAAAAACCUUAAUACUUCACCUUCUAAGGUCAAGGGAGUUCUUAGGCUCAAAUUACAGUGAAACGUACUACUCCCAAAGAGGAGAGGCACUCACCAGGCAUCCUCAGAUCAUGGAUCACUGUUUCUACCAGGGAGCCAUUGUGCAUGAGUAUGAUUCUGCUGCCAGCCUCAGCGCGUGUGACGGUCUCAGGGGAUUUUUCAGAGUGAAUGACCAAAGGUACCUCAUUGAACCAGUGAAAUAUUCAAAUGAAGGAGACCAUCUGGUGUUCAAAUACAACCCCAGGAUGCCAUAUGCUGCCAAUUUUUCUUGUGCAGAGGUUAAUUUCACCAGGAAGUAUGUUUCAGGGGAUACUGUCUCUAAGGAAGACGCCAAAACAAAAAAUAUCCGUAAGAAAAACUAUGUUGAACUGUUCAUUGUUGCUGAUGAGAACAUGUAUCGUAGGAAUAGUCACCCUCACAAUAAACUAAGGAGCCGAAUUUGGGGAAUGGUCAAUUUUGUCAACAUGAUUUAUAAAACCUUGAACAUUCACGUGACACUGGUUGGCGUUGAAGUUUGGACAAACGGAGAUAAACUAUUACAACAUUCAAAUAUAGAAACUACCUUACUGCGUUUUUCAACAUGGCAGGAAACAUUCCUUAAACCGAGGAAGAAUUUUGAUCAUGUUUUCUUACUCAGUGGCAAGUGGCUCUACACAAAUGCACAAGGAAUUUCUUACCAAGGGGGGAUGUGCCUGCCCUAUCAUUCCUCCAGUGUUGUUAAGGAUCUUUUACCUGACAUAAAUAUAGUUGCAAACAGAAUGGCACACCAGCUGGGACAUAACCUUGGGAUGCAGCAUGAUGAGUUCCCAUGCACCUGUCCUUUCGGCAAAUGUGUGAUGGAUACCAGUGGAAGCGUUCCUGCACUAAAAUUCAGUAAAUGCAGCCAAAACCAAUAUCUCCAAUACCUGAAGGAUUAUAACCCAGCAUGUAUGGGCAACAUUCCGUAUCCCAGCAAGUUCCCUGAUUUCCCAUACUGCGGAAACAAAAAGUUGGAUGAGGGGGAAGAAUGUGACUGUGGCCCCGUUCAGGAGUGCACUAAUCCUUGCUGUGAUGCACACAGAUGUAUACUGAAGCCAGGAUUUACUUGUGCAGAAGGAGAAUGCUGUGAAUUUUGUCAGAUUAAAAAAGCAGGGUCCACAUGCAGACCAGCAAGAAAUGAAUGUGAUUUUCCUGAAGUGUGCACUGGCCACUCCCAUCAAUGUCCUAAGGACCAAUUCCGCGUCAAUGGAUUUCCCUGCAAGAACGCAGAGGGCUACUGCUUCAUGGGGAAAUGUCCCACACGGGAUGAUCAGUGCUCUGAACUAUUUGAUGAUGGGGCAAAAGGAAGCCAUGAUAUGUGCUACAAAAUGAAUAAAAAGGGAAAUAAAUUUGGAUACUGCAAAACCCAGGAAGACCGAUUCAUUCCCUGUGAAGAGAAAGAUGUCAAGUGUGGAAAGCUAUACUGCGCUGGGGGACAUCAUUCAUUUCUCCAUGGAGAAGACAAGAUGUAUCACCUCAAAACUCCAAAGAUGAAUGGCCGGAAUGCCACCAUCAAAUGCAAAACCAUGUUUUUAUACCACAAUUCUGAAGAUAUUGGCUUAGUUGCUGUUGGAACAAAAUGUGGAGAUGGAAUGGUCUGCAGCAAUGGUGAAUGCGUGAACAACGAAAUGGUCUACAAUUCAACAAAUUGCCACUCUCAAUGUGAUAAAAAUGUCGAGGAUGACCAUGAGCUCCAGUGCCAGUGUGAGGAAGAGCAGACACCUGUGGACUGGGAAGAAACCCUUAAUGUUACCAAUAUUGCCAUCGUGGUGUCUGUGCUUGUUCUGGUUUUUAUCGGUGUCGGGAUCAUCACAUUAUUAAUUCGUUACCAAAAAUGUAUUAAGCUGAAGCAUGUUCAAAGCCCACCUAGAGAAGUGCUGGGAGUGGAGAAUAAAGGGUACUUUGGAGAUGAGAAAGAGACACGGAUGGAGCCAAUCUUGCCAGAUAUUCACCCCCUGUCUAAACCUUCAAGUAAAGAUUCAAGAGGAAUCACAGACCCCAAUCAAAGUGCUGAUGUGAACUUGAACUUGGAUGUCCAAAGUGGCGGUGUGAGGCUAGGUUGAGGAGUCUGGAUGCAAGCUCUUCACACCCAUCCCUAGCUAUUUGCUAAACCAAUUCUGGUGGGGUUUCAAAUGUUCUUUGUCCUCACAGAAACAACUUUUUUCCAUUAACAUUCACUUGCAGAAUUCACAACCUGUACACUAUAGGAAAAAAAGUCUUAUAAUUUUUCAAAUGCUCUUUAGCUUCUUAUAAAAGUAAACAGUCUCCUUGCUCUAGUACUUUUCCUAUAAAACAUUACUCUAGUUUCUUUUAAAAGACUCCCAACUUGGAAGAUGGGAACUUACAAUUUAAGAAACCAAACAUCACUCAUAAAAGGUCCCUUCUCUGGAAACAUGAAAGCACGUCUUUUAAUUAGAACGUGACAUCAUUGCCACUAAUUCUAGUUUAAGUGAAAUUCUCGCCUGCAAUAAUGCCCAGAAAUACAGGACACAGUGGCAUCGAUCUCACCAAUAAAUUAAAAGUGAAGAAGGCAGAAGAACAGUCACCGUACCUAAAAUCUUGAUGGUGGCAACCAUGGUGCACACAAAAUAUCCCUAAUAAUUCUAAAUCCCCCAGGUUUGCCUCUCGAGAAUUCCUUAAGACGCUAGCAGACAAGGUAGAGAGGGUUGUAAGAAUUUCAGAAAAGUGACUCCCACAGAGAGGACACACUCCUCACUCCUAUGAAGGGUUUUCGAGAUCCUUCAGCCUCUGCCCACAUGAUGGGCAUUUUCUCUGCGGGGCCUGCCCUGUCCCUGGCAGUUUAUCACAGUGUAUUGAGCUGUCCUGGGGAUGAUUUCUGCUCUUUCGUACACAGAUGCCUCCUCUCAAGGUGUCUCUUAUCUUCUCUGCUUUUUAUUUUUUC